AUGGAACUUCACGGGUUGGACAAGGCGGAUUUUGCUGCCAUCAUGCAAGAGCCGGUCUCUAGUCCCGAGAGGACGUCAAAACGACAGGUUCUCAAGAACUUUGCUUCCAAGCUGAAGAGAAGCACCAGCAGAAGAGGAUCUCUGAACGAGCAUUCUCUCAACCGGCGUAAGAGUCAGCUUCUACAGGUCCCUUCUGUGAUUGUCGAAUCUGAACCCAAUAUUCUUGCUGAAUGGGGCAGCAAACGCUCAGCUGACUUGCCUCGCCCAUCGAAAGAUUCAGUCGUCGGACAAUACUAUGUCGGCAACACUGUAAAAUCAACGCACAAAUCACCUAGGUCGAGCCCAAAGCAAUUGAGCCACGAUGAGCUUGUCAACUAUUUUGCUGGAGCACCCGAAUUCGACAUCAAAUCACUCAGACCGAGAGUCAGCUACCGAUGGAAGCUGGAUGAGGAGAGUUGUGAACCACAGGACUUUGUCGAUGUUGGUCACAGUACCUUCGAGGCCGCUACUCUGAGACAUCGUGAACGAACACGACAACUUCGAGACCUGGUUGCAGAAGACGCCGACAAUCAGAUUCCUAUGAUGGAAGUGCCGAACAUGUUGAGCUUGAACGGGAUUGAACCUGGAACGAUCGGUCUGGAAUACUUCUUGCAGAUGCCUCUGGCAGACAGUAAGCGCUCUGCUGAAGACGAAGACGACGCCUUCAGGCCUAAGAGGCAAUUGCUGGUUACAUCACCAGAACGUCUAGAGCUCAGACCGCUUAACCUCGAGUACUUGGUCCAAAGACUGGGAAAGAUUGGUGAUAGCCGACAUUCUAGAUCCAACAACCAACACCAUGAGCGAAAGCGUAACGAACAAACAACUGCCGAACUUCACAAAGGACUGUUUUCCAACUUGCUCACAGAGCCUGAAAGGGAAGAAGACGAUCCUCCAUACACAAAUCUCGAAGGUCAGGUUGUGGCGCUUGCAAGAGUGUUGGUGACGAUUAAACUUUGGUACGACUUCAGUUUGGUGGAGCAUCGAAUUCGUCUAGGCCAAAUCUUGUGGCCAUCCACAGAAAGUGAUGAGGAGUCGGUAGUCGAAACUGAGGAACCAUCAAUGCCCAGCGAACGCGACAUUCUGCUCCUUCAGCUCGCUUUGGCUUGUGAGCUAUUGAUUCGUGUCGAGCUUUCUGGCUUUCCAACAUCUGGCUUUUCACGCAAACUGCGAUGGGAUCUUGUAUUGGCACAACGCUUCCUCGACAACGUUCACAUUGCACCAAAGGCAACAGUGGAUGAUAUCCCUUCAUAUCGCAAUAGCGUCAUGUCGAUUGCUACUUUUGUGACAGCUAGAGAAGACCUGGAGGGAAAUCAUGUGGAACCAAUCAUGUACCCGAGACACGAGAAGAGGCAAGUGGCUGGUUUGCUGAAAUUUGCAGAAGCCUUGGCCUGGCCACAUACAGAGGAGAUAGAGGACCGCUUUGCUGAGCGAGUAAGAAGGCACUCGCGUGACGCAGGCAGGUAUGGUGUUUACGGUGCACCCCUGGGAACGCCGAAUCAAACUUCCAGUCAAAGCAACUACUUUGUUCAGCAGAAGCGACCGCAGGUCAGUCGUACAUGCACAGCACAAUCUUUACAGCUCCUGCCGGCUUCAGCAUACGGCGCUGGCACUUUUGACCUCGGUGGCUGGCUUUCGAGGUCGUGGUUGACGGGCUUUGUGCUCCCAGGUGAAUCCACUUCACACCUGCUCAUCUCGACUCUGUUGGAGAACUCGCCCUCAGCGGUCGCUGCGUUAGGCGAUGCAGCUAAUUUGUACCAAGGCUUCGUCUACAAAUCACGUAGCUACUGGAGUAAGAGUUGUGUAGUGGGUAGAGUCAUAGCAGCUGCCAACGGAGCAGCUGACUGUAUGGGCUGGAUAUCAUGUAGCAGCGCACCUGUGGACCAAAAAGAUGGAUGGGUCAAUCUCGAAGUCAAAGAUCUGCCUGGCUCUACCACUCCUCCCACCACAACUCUGGCAGCCGACUCGGCAUUUGUGCCUGGCGAGAAAACCUCGGUCGCAGAUGUCGAGUUUACCUGGCCUGUUGACGGCUUUGCAGUGCUGGGUAACGAAGCACGAUACCUCGGAUUCAGUCUGCUACCCACAGGCACCAGCUUCGAGCUCAGUGCUUCACCCUCAGACAACCCUUCAGGCGAUAGCGGCGCACAACUGGCACCCAUCCCAACCGCGGUCGCCUGCCUCGAAUUCGGCACGAAGCGCAGCUCGCGACCAGCCAAAGUGACACUACCACUCCUCUACGACGUCCAUUUCAUCUCCGCGACACCAUGUUUCCCCAACAUCUCGAGACCACCAUCACCAGUUACAAAAACAUCAUCGACAAAACCUCGCUCGGGCUCCAAAACAGAAGGUCCAUCGAACAAAGAGUUGCCAUCGCCACCAACGCAUCCUCUGCACUGCUCUUAUGCUGUUGAUGUCGUUCCUGCAGCUACUAUUCUGGCCGAUGAUUUUACAGACACCGUGCAUCUGGGUAAUGAGACUGUGGUCUUGGAUUGCAGAGGUACUGGAGAAUUGCAGUUGCUAGCCAGAGCUUGGUGUGCCAAGGUUGGUGAAAACGCUGUUGUGGGUAGAGUUGGCAAGACGUGUUUGGGAUGUUGUGUUCGAGAGGCGAGUGGAUUGGGUGUCAAGGUUGUGAUUAGAAUCUGA